GUUCCCAUGGAUCCCGUCACCGUGUCGGGCACCUCGCCGCUGCAGGCGGUGGAUCCGGAGAUCCACGACCUGAUCGAGAAGAAGAAGCGUCAGCAGUUUUGCAGGAUUGAGCUGAGCCCCUGCGAGAUCUUCACCUCCUCCGCCGUCGACGUGGCCCUCGGCUACGCCCUCACCAACAAUAACUCCAAUGUCAUGCCCGGCAACCCACACGACGGUGACGACCAGUUCAUUGACGCGCUCAAGAACCUCUGCCGCAACCGCGCCCUCCAGGCCUUCUGCCUCGACCCCACCUGCUGGGGCGUCGACGUCCAGUCCUACUCCGGCUACACUGCCAAGGUCGCCGCCUACACUGCCGUCCUCCAGCCCCAUAGCCGCAUCAUGGGUCUCAAUCUCCCCUCCGGCGCCCACCUCACCCAUGGCUACAACACCUCCGGCAGCAAGAAGAUCUACUUCGAGAGCAUCCCCUUCGACAUCGACCCCUCCACCGGUUAUAUCAACUACGACAAGCUCGAGGAGAAGGCCCUCGACUUCUGCCCCCACCUCAUCAUCUGCGGCAGCAGCGCCUACCCCCGCGACUGGGACUACGCCCGCUUCCGCUCCAUUGCCAACGGGUGUGGGGCCCUCCUGCUCUGCGACAUGUCUGGAAUUAGCGGGCUCGUCGCCGCUCAGGAAGCUGCGAACCCAUUUGAGUACUGCGAGAUUGUCACGACCACAACACACAAGAGCUCGAGGGGUCCGACAGCCGGGAUGAUCCUCUACAGGAAGGGCCAGCCCGAGGAUGCCCUUUACAGCUCUGAGGGCAUGACCCCAGUUUUCCACUCUCUUCAGGGUGGCCCACACAACCACCAAAUCAGCUUUCUGGCCGUUUCCCUGAAGCAGGCCAUGUCUCCUGAGUUCAAGGCCUAUGCUAAGCAAGUCAAGGCGAAUGCUGUUGCUGUUGGGAACUACCUCUUGAGCAAGGGUUACAAGCUUGUGACUGGUGGAACUGAUAACCAUCUUGUCCUUUGCGAUCUUCGUCCUCUUGGAUUGACCGGCAAUAAGGUCGAGAAACUUUGCAAUCUCUGCGGGAUUACCGUAAACAAGAAUGCUAUAUUUGGUGACAGCAGUGCCAAGGCACAUAGAGGAGUACUCAUUGGAACUCAUGCCAUGACUUCAAGGGGCUUGAUGCAGAAGGACUUCGAGCAAAUCAGGGAGUUCCUCCACCGGGCCGUGACCAUCACCUCGACCAUCCAAAAGCAGCAUGGGAAACUAAUGAAGGACUUCAACAAGGGUCUAGACAACAACGAGGACAUUGAGGCCCUCAAGGUCGAUGUUGAGAAGUUUAGCUGGCUCCAUUGA